CGCGGCAGCCAUUUUGGUGACUGGAGCCUCGACUUGUCAGAGGAGAAUCGUAAUUAAGCCAAGUCUAAUCGAUGGAUGGACAGUUUCUUCUUUCUUUCCCUGAUUUAUUUCUCACUGGAGGUGGCGCGGAGGCUUAAGGAACGAUGGUGCAGUCGUGCUCUGCUUACGGAUGUAAAAACAGAUACCACAAAGACAAAAACAUUUCUUUUCACAAGUUCCCUCUCGCCCGCCCGGAUGUCUGUGACAAGUGGGUGGCAGCAAUGAGAAGAAACAACUUCAAGCCCACAAAGUACAGCAAUAUCUGCUCCCAACAUUUCACAAAGGACUGCUUUAAGCGAGAGUGCAACAACCGCGUGCUGAAAGAGAGCGCCGUGCCGUCCCUCUUCUGCUUCAGUGUGGAAAGUGAAAAGGAGAAGGCUCUGGAGUUAACUGAACCACAGGAACCUCCACCUCCGAUUUCGCCUCAUCCCCCACCUCCAGCUCUGGAGCAGCCUCAGAUGCUUCCCCAGCAUGUUGUCCAGAUGGUGGUCCACCCUGCCCUGCUCCCCAAUCAAUCCAUCUCCUGUGAUCACAACUACACAGUGGAGGAUACCGUGCAACAAAAGAAAAGGAUCCAGCAACUGGAGGAACAGGUCGAAAAACUGCGUAAGAAAUUAAAGACUGUGCAGCAGAAAUGCAGACGUCAGGAAAGGCAGUUGGAAAAAAUGAAAGCUCUCCGCGAGUUUCAGAAGGACAAAGACGUAACAUCCGAGAGCUAUGUCAUCCUUCCGAAGGAGUUGUAUGAUGUGCUUAAAAGCAUCGAGCCCAUUGACGGAUACUGAGAACUUUUCAAGGUGUCUGCACACUGACUGGUUUAUUUAUAAAGAAAGACACUACAUGCUGGAGACCCCAAUGCUCACUUAGCAUAACCUCGGAUACUAACACCCCACAGCUUCACAGGGAGAACACAAAAUAUUUGGAACGUGAAGAUCCAUUCUGCCCAUUUAUUGGACUGUCAUUAACAGUCAUUGAGGUGUUUGUUCUUUCCGACACGCAGGACUGGUUUACAGUGUCAUGAAUCGUCCAUGUUUGAAAUGUCGCCGUUCAGUCCAGGUAUGGUAAAAAGGGUGUUUCAUUUACAAGCCAAAAUCUGCUAUUGUUUGAAUAAAAGGUAACAGUACA